UCUGUGAUGACAGUUAAAACUUCAAAAAAUAAAUCUUUCAAAAAUAAACAUACUGAAAUUUCAAAUUCAAUUAAGAAUUUAUAAAAUUAUAUUUAUGCUAAAACAAACCAUCGUUACUUAUCUAUUAAAUAGUUCUUUAAAUUACGUUGACUAACUCUUAGCUUUGACACAUAUUUAUUACAAAGAUUGUGUGUGUGUGAUUUACAAAGUUAUGUGAAAUUCUGUAAAAAUAUUUGGUAUUGAAAAUGCAAAUUGCUUGAAAAUAAAACUAAUUCUAACUGGUGUAUAGCAUUGGUCAAGACAACCAUUAUUAAACUACAUAAACAUCACUGAAUAAAAAAAACAUUACCUGAGAAUGAGUGAAUCAAGUGUAAAAGUUAUAGAAGACAGUAAACUUAUUGAAGAACUAGACGGCAAAGCAAAGUUGAGAAAAUGGCUGAAUAUGAAUUUCAGAAUAGAAAUGACUGAUGGCAGAGUACUUAUAGGAAUAUUCUUGUGUACAGAUCGCGAUGCUAAUGUUAUAUUAGGUGCCUGUUCUGAACAUCAGAAAAGUAUUGAUGGAGAAACAGAGGAGCCAAGAGUAUUAGGACUAGUCAUGGUACCUGGACGUCAUAUAGUGUCCAUACAAUUAGAUGACACUACACCACCAUCCAAGUAUUACUAUGACGAAUGACAUAAAUUGAAACAGUCAAAAUAAUAAUUCAAACAUAGUCAUAAUAUAUCAUAUUCAUAUAAGAAAUAAUAUAAUAAAAAAUUCUUAAUUUCCAAAA